AUGACGAAAAUAACAGAUGCAGCAACGAGACAGGCAGUUCAAAGUGCCUAUGACGCCGUUAGAGCAACUGUUGUGGAAAGUCAAGAAAAAGAGUUACAACAGACCAAAACAGACCUAGUAAAUGCUUUCUUAAAAACGAAAAGUCAGGUAGGACAUUACGCUGCAGAUGGAACAUAUGUGCCAGCUGGUGGAACUUAUAUACCACCAAACCCUCCAAGAGAAGCACCUGCACCAGGACUACCUAGAACAUUUACAUCGUCACAUGGACACAGACACAGGCAUGCACCAAAACCAACACAACAACCAACACAACAACCAACACAACAACCAGCACAACAACCACCUCCACAACCAGCACAACAACCAACACAGCAACCAACAGUUCAAAACCCUGCACAACAACAACCACAAACAGAGCAAGGACAUAAAAGAAGUAGAGAACAAGGAAACCAAGAAUUCUUAAAAAUGCUUAAAGAAGAGUGUGGUUUCCCAGAUACUGUUGACUUUAGUGACAGAUAUAAAGAAGCUAUUGGAAAGUUCAAGGAUGGAAAUACUGACCCGAACCUAUUUAGCUUUAUGGCUCAGCACCAAAACGGAUAUAAUCUCAAACCUGGAAAAUACAAGCUCGCUAAGGGAUAUGAUUUAAUAGCAUAUCAUCCAAAUGACAUGGAUGAAUUUACUCCGAGAUAUUUGAUGUCAGAGCUAAAUGACAAUUCAACUUUCGUCAUGAAACGCGUAAAAAAUAGAGACGGAACGAAAGAACAAAAGCUUAUGAAUGCGGAUGACGUAGAUAGGGAAAUUGUUGAAAACGGUCUCGGAAUAUAUGAAAUGCCAGCAGAUGAGGUACAAGAAACUCCACAGGAAGAAGUUCAGAUACAACCAGACAUGGAAGAAAUAGUUCAGCAACAACAGCUAGAAGAGCCUGAAGGAAACGAACAA